AUGAGCAUUUCUCCUGGGAACAGGGAUCUAGUGCUAGCUGCUCGCCAAGGACUCUUCGUUGUGGACCUUGAACACCCUCGGAAGACUCCUCGCUAUCUACCCCAAGGAGGGAGUUGGGAAGUGGCAGAUGUGCAGUGGAAGCAAGUCCCUCAUCCCUCGUCUGCCGAGCUCAUAUGUUCCACCUCCAGCCAGAAAUUGCUCAUUUGGAACCUAAGACUGAGUAGCCAGAAUGCAGUGCAGCAGAUUCUUCAUGGGCAUUAUCGCGCCAUCACGGACAUUAACUGGCAUAGCUAUCAUGAGAAUAUAGUGGCGAGUUGUUCUAUUGAUAGCUGGAUUUGGGUUUGGGACAUCCGUGAACGCACGAGAAAGAAUGUCAUCGGGAUGUGUGCUUGGGAUGACGCCGCCACCCAAGUCAAAUGGAAUCGGAAACACGAGCACCUGCUCGCUUCGUCGCAUAGGGGAAAUGUUCUCAUAUGGGAUGACAGAAAAGGAGCACUACCCCUCACCACCAUAAGGGCGCACGAUUCCAAAGUUUACGGGAUUGACUGGUCUCGCACUACGCCUUCGCAGAUUGUAACUUGCGGUCUUGAUAAGUCCAUCAAACAAUGGGACCUGCAUGAUCUAGGACCACCGAUAGACGAGUCAAACCCCUUCAAGCUCUCCACCUGCAUUGCGGAAAUUUACACCACGUAUCCGGUCUGGCGAGCCAGGCAUUUGCCGUUCGGCAGCGGCGUCUUGAGCUUGCCGCAAAGAAACGCAACUAAGCUUGAGAUGUUCAGCCUGGAGAACCUAGACGAUCCAAUUGCAGAUUUCGACCGGUCUCCAGGACUAGUGAAAGAGUACGUUUGGAGAGUCAAGGGUGGUUCUGACCCUCUGUAUGGUGAGAUGCACAUCGUCACUGGCACGUCAUUUAAUCUGAUAAUGGUCCAGACGAUCGCGAUUUCCAACUUGUGA